ACUUCCCAAUUGCUACCUUCUCUUCUGCACUAAUCCUCCUCUCCUAAUGCUAUUACAAUUCAAUUGAACUUCCCAUUUUGUUUUGAGCCAAACUUUUGCAGCUAGAGACUUCUUCAACUCUUCCAAUUCACUUUCGCCAUGUCCGAAACAAUGCGAGCAGUUGAUAUUAAAGGCGGUAUGGGUCCGAUAUCCGCUCUCCACAUCACCGAAAUUCCGAAACCUAAACCAACCGGCGCACAAGCCCUCGUAAAAAUAAAGGCAUUCGGUCUGAACCGCAUGGACCUUUCACAGCGUGAGGGACAAUACCCUGUUCCUCCCGGAGCGCCGAAGACAUUAGGCGUAGAGUUCUCUGGGGUAAUUGAAGCAGUAGGCGAGAGCCCUGAGAAGGGGUUCAAAGUUGGAGAUGAGGUGUUUGGACUUGCAUAUGGAGGCGCGUAUGCAGAAUAUAUUGCCGUCAGCACGCAUCUGCUUGUGCACAAGCCGAAAGAGUUGAGCUGGGAGCAGUGUGCUGGUAUUCCUGAGACAUGGAUAACAGCCACUCAAGCCAUGUACCUCAUCGCCAACUUCACUCCUGGAAAGUCGAUCCUCUGGCACGCCGGCGCAUCCUCUGUCUCCAUCGCCGGCAUCCAACUCAGCGGCGCCGAUUCCGCGUCCGCCAUAUACGCAACUGCUCGUCAAGACGAAAAAUGCGCCUUCGCCGUGAACACCCUCGGCGCGACCGCGGCCUUCAACACCAAAACGCAAGACUGGGUUGCCGAGGUAAUGAAGGCCACGAAUGGGAAAGGCGUCGACAUUAUCAUCGACUUCAUUGGUGGGGAGUACUUCCAGCAGAAUCUCGACGCUGUCGCCCGCGACGGCGUCAUUGUGAACCUAGGAUUCAUGGGUGGCACGAAGGUACCCACGGGUACGGAUAUUAGCGCGUUUAUAAGGAAGAGGUGUACGUUUGUGGGGAGUAGUCUGAGGAGUAGGGAUGAGGAGUAUCAGGGACGACUGAGAGAUCAACUGGUAGACCAUGCGUUGCCAAGGUUCAAGGAUGGGAGAUUUACGAUUCAUCUUGACAAGGUAUUACCUUGGGAGCAGAUUCAGGAUGCACAUGCUUUGUUGGAGGAAAAUAAGACGAAAGGGAAAGUUAUUUGUACAAUUUCGUAGUCGGAAAUGAG